CAUGAAAUUAGGGCAAAAGUACAAACUGAAACUAAUGAUGCCCUAAAUGAAAACGAAACCUCUCUGAUCUGUGCAAUAAAGGAAGAGGCUUUAGGGGGCCACGUAGACAUUAGUUUUAGCACACACAAAAAAAAAAAGCUCUGAGACUUUUCUUUAGCCCUCUGCCCUCUUCAACAGUACUUUACGACAAUGAAAAAGAUCGUGAUGCGUAAUUUAAGAUCCUCUGUUUCUCACUGCAUGCUCGUUACCACAUUCACGAUCAAACUAGAGAUCUAA